AUGUACCGACUAGGUCGGAGCGCUGGCAUUGAUGGCAAGGAGCCGAUAGUUUCGUCUCCUACGCUUCCUAUACUAGUAGGAAUAACAACGCUAGUCAUAAUGCAAGUCCUCUUUGCAAUUGGCUUGAUCACACAGGUUGGGUUGGCAUGGUGGAAACUUUAUUUGGGCUGGGUCUAUCCCUGUUUCUCAUUUGAGUAUAUCCAAGGUUCGCGUCUGCCCAUAUAUCCAUUGCUGGAUAUUUGUCAGACCCACUGGAUGAAAUGUGGGUGGAAGGAUAUGACUUCAAUCAAGCUUCCACGGCUAUGA